UGUGAUUACUUGCCCGCCCCGUGAUUGCAGAGCAUCACCAUGCACCAUGCAUAGCAGUGUGCUUACAGUGAAGCACAAACACACACAGCACACAGUUAACCCUUAGAUCAUUCCACAUGUUAACCCCAUCCUGCCCAGUGCCAUUAGUACAGUGUCAGUGCUUUUUAUUAGCACUGAUCACUGUAUGGUGUCACUGGGGAUGUCUGUGACACCAAUUCAGUUUCCCCCAGUGUCAGAAUGCCCGCCACAGUCCCACUAUAAGUCACUGAUUGCCGUCAUUGCCAGGAAAAAUGAAGAAAAAAAAAAAUCCCAGUAUAUAUACCGCCAUUUGUUAACCCUAUAAAUUUCAUGUAAACCAAUUAAAUUA